AUGAAAUGGACAAAGAUUGCCUGGAAAGAAGUAUCUGCUGAAAUGAUUAGGAGAUGUUGGUUUCGCACGAAAGUUGUAUCUCCUCGUGAUGAAAGUGGAGUACCUGUUGCCCUCUCUAUUAUUGUUGAAAGCACUGAUGAUAUAGAAGAAAACCCACCUCCUGAUCCAAAUGAUGAAUUAACAGUCAAAGAACUUCAGCAGCAAAUAGGCAUAUUAUGUGUCCGUAACCUAAUGCCGAUUGAAGAUUUACUAAACCUUGAAGAAGAACAAGAAGCACACCACCAAUUUACCGAUGAAGACCUGAUUCAAACUGCGACAGAAGUAGAACAGAUAGGAGAGGAGUUCGUAAUGCCACCUUUAACUGGAGAAGAACAAUUGAAUAUUUUGCGUAGUGCCUUGAGAAUUGUAGAUGAAAGAAUCGAUGAUGGUGGAGUAACAAUGAAAUCUUUACGCAAGCUACAAUCCUGUAUUCGAGAAGAGGUUCGGAAGAAGAAAGCUGGGAAGCAAGUCCAGCAUAGAUUGGAUCAAUAUUUUACUUGA